CAGUGGGAUGGGAAUGGGAGUGUUGCUGAGACAGAGCAUAUUGCUUAAUUUGCUAUUUGUAUGUUACAGAUGUCUGUGGGCUUGCCCAUCCACACUCAGCUCCGGCGGUUAUAAAUAGUAAAGGUUAAUUAGUUAGGUAGGAAAUUUGAGCUGAUCCUUUUUAAUUUGAUACACAGACAGGUAACCUAAGAAUUGCCUAUUGUCACUACAAUCAGACCUAUAUAAAUCCUUCUUGGCAGACAGCAGUCACCACAUAGCCUUACUUCUCUGUUCGAGCACCUACGGCGAGAACUUCAAAGCGGGACCAUGUCUAUCUCAUCUAUCCUCUCCGCUGAUGCCAUCGACAGUGCCGUCAAGGACUGCCAAGCACCAGACUCUUUCAACUGCAAGAAGUUUUUCCAGCUAUGUGGUCUGACAAAGAAGAGUGCCCAGGAUGUGAAGAACGUCUUCAGCAUCAUCGACAACGAUGGUGAUGGCUUCGUUGAAGAGAAGGAGCUGAAGUGUUUCCUGCAGAAGUUCUCGCCUGGAGCACGGGUACUAACUGAGAAGGAGGCUAAGGCCUUCCUCAGUGCUGCUGAUGGAGAUGGCGAUGGAAAGAUUGGAGCUGACGAAUUCCAAGCUAUGGUCAUGUCCUGAACAACUGGACUGAACGGGUCUUCAUCAUCUUGUAACCCCUAAACCCCCUUCAACAGCAUUUCAUCUUACUUGAAUUCUCCUCUGCAGCAUCGCAAUGACACAUUUUGGGAAGCCACCGGUCGAAGGAGUCCACACAUACACCAUUUUUUGUAAUAUAUUUUAGAUGGGGUGCAACAGCAUCACCUACAUGUAACCCACUAGUAAUGACAUUGAGGAAAUGCACAAAUAAAUUCA